UCCCGUUGCCUAGUGACGACAAACUAAAGACGGCUGCUCGUUUCCUGCCUUUUCAAAAUGUUCUAGCUGGCUCUGAGCUAACGCGAAGUUUCCCGAACAGAUUUAAUUUGUUUAUCUCGUCAUUUAUGCUGGACUAUGACACGAAACGACCCUUUCAUUUCUGCCGGAAGCGUCGCAUGAUGCCGAGCUGUAAACAAAGAUGGAUAAUUAUAUUUUCAUCAGGGUCGUCGGGAAAGGCAGCUACGGGGAGGUGAACUUGGUGAAGCACAAAACGGACCGAAAACAGUAUGUAAUAAAGAAGCUAAAUCUGACCACCUCUUCCAAGCGGGAGCGGCGUGCUGCAGAGCAGGAGGCGCAGCUUCUGUCCCAGCUGAGACAUCCCAACAUCGUGACCUACAGGGAGUCUUGGGAAGGAAAUGACCGUCAGCUGUAUAUUGUGAUGGGUUUCUGUGAAGGGGGUGACCUCUAUCACAGGCUUAAACAACAAAAAGGAGAGCUGCUACCAGAGAGGCAGGUUGUGGAGUGGUUUGUCCAGAUAGCCAUGGCACUCCAGUACCUGCAUGAGAAAAAUAUUCUUCACCGGGACCUGAAAACACAGAACAUCUUCCUGACUAAAACCAACAUCAUCAAAGUUGGAGACCUGGGCAUUGCACGAGUUUUGGAGAACCAGAAUGAUAUGGCCAGCACACUUAUCGGGACCCCAUACUACAUGAGUCCUGAGCUGUUCUCCAAUAAACCCUACAACCACAAGUCGGAUGUUUGGGCCCUGGGCUGCUGUGUGUACGAGAUGUCCACUCUGAAACACGCCUUCAACGCCAAGGACAUGAACUCACUGGUGUAUCGCAUCGUAGAGGGAAAGUUGCCACCGAUGCCGAGUCAGUACGAUCCCCAGCUCGGAGGUUUGAUCAAGAACAUGUUGUGUAAGAGAGCUGAAGACAGGCCUGACGUUAAACUCAUCCUCCGGCAGCCCUACAUAAAACGACAAAUCGCCAUGUUCCUCGAAGCCACUAAAGAAAAAACUUCCAGGUCAAGACAAAAAGCUGUGAGUGGAAGUGGAGAUUCUGUUUCCACCAGUUCAUCAUCUGAAGCGUCGACUCAACAAAAACCUCAGCAGCUUCCUCGGCAUGAACCUCUCAUCCGAGGAAAGAAGAAAGAAGACGAAUCACAACGUCAUAAAAGCAGAAAUGGUGAGACGGACCUCCCUCCAGUCCCGUCCUCCCAACCCAAAUCGUCUGAUGUCCUUAAAACCAGUAUUGCCCACAUGGCAACUGUCAGCAGCGUUAACAUCGACCUCCUCCUGCAGCAGGAUGAAGAUGGGAUCAAGAGACAAGUUCAAAGACCUCCUUCUGUUGCGUCUCACCACGAGACAACCGGUGAAACUGCACCUCGCAGUGUGAACAAAAACAGCAAGGUGAGAGGGAAACCAGCUCUUUCCCCUCUGAAGCCUCCUCUGAAGGCUGGAUCAGGAGUUAGUGGCAGGGGAGGUGAUAAAGGGACAGCGGCCAGUGGGCUUCGACAUGUUCAGCCACGGGCUCCACCAAGCCCAGGGGACACGUUCUCUGUGAACCAGAUGUCAGAUGUGGACUGUAAAUAUGACACCACGGAGUUACUUAGAGAGGCUGAUGUGCAGAACCUAAAUCUAGAAAACCUUGAAAGAGUUCUGGACGGGAACACAGACCAUCAGAAUAACACCCUGACACUUAUCAAACAAACUCCAGCUCAUCCACUCGCUUCAGAUGACAUCUUGGAAGCUACUGAAAGACUGUUAGAGCCACUAGCACAGGAGCCUGUUCUGGAGGAAUCUUCUCCUGCAGCCCCUGAACAAGAUCCAGCUUCUCCCCGUCAGAGUCCAGGGCGUUUGUCAGCGCCUUCAGUAUCACAGCAACACAAAGAAACGCACACAAGACAAACACAAGGAGACCAGAAACAGGCGGCAGCUCCAAGACCGUUACCUCAACCUCCUGUUGAGUGUGUGUCUGUGGAAGGGAGGAAGAGGAGCAAGAGAAAAACUGCUGAGGCUUCAGCGUCUACGUCCGUCAGUUUGUCUGAGGAUGGACUUUUACCGUUCCCACAGGAUCGUCCUCUGACUGCAAGAGAGAGAAGACGUCUGAGGCAGUCCCAGGAGAGUGGCAGCCAAGCAGGUGUCAGUGCUGUACGAAGAGCCUCGUAUGAUACUGCCUCCACCAACGCAGAGUACCACGGUGUCCCAGUUACUCGAUCUGCUUCAUAUUCCAUCACAGAGCCCAAGUCACAGCAGGAUAGGUCGGUGGAACAAAAGUCUGAUGAAGACGAGUGCAGCUCGUCUACCAGCUCCACCGAGCGUUCAGAGGGAGACUGCAGGGAAAGAAAGACCGAGUCCUGCGACAUGCACGAUUUGGUUCACAUGAUGACUCAGACUUUGAGAAUGGAUGUUGGAGACGGGGGACACGAGGUGGACAAGAGCAGACCUGACUCCACACUGCCAGAGUUCAAACUGAACAGGAGGUACAGGGACACCCUGGCGCUUCACGGGAGAGCUCGAGGGGAACCACAAAACUUGUCCAUGGGUGAAAUACCAAUAGAAAACUCCACGUCCGGUCCGGCCAAGGUACGAAGAGCGAUAGAGCACCUGAGAACGGAUGUGGUGAAAGGUCUGGGUGUCAAGCUCUUGGACAAAGUGCUUGAAAUCAUGGAAGAGGAGGACGAGGUCAAAAGAGAACUGCGCCUUCGCGAGGAGAUGGGCGACGAGAAGUAUCAAGCUUAUGCUGUCAUGGUGAGACAGCUGAAGUUUUUCGAGGACGUGGCCUUCAAGGUUUAAAGAGGACUGACUCUGGAAAUUUACCUGAGAUCAUUUGUUUAAAAUAUAGAUCACAAAAAAAAACAACUUCUACACGUCACAGUGGUCGUAAAAAAUAUGUUUCAAAGAGAAAUUUGUACCAAUAUGAGAAUUAGUCAAAUUGAAAUGACUUCUUGUAUCAG